CCCAUAGCAGGAGCCCAACACAGGGAACACUUAAGCUUGUGUAGAGUACUUGUAACCAGAAGCCCGGAGGUGGAGCACAGCAGAGGAUGCAAUGUGCCACUGUCGCGGCCAGAGCCCAUGCAGUGUAAACAUUAACAUUCUUGGAUGCACUAAGCACUGGGCUGCGGUCUACACUUGCAUUCUGAGGUGGUGGAGUCAUGGCCAAAAUUUUGGAGUACUUGGACUUUUCUCAAGAAGCGUUGCACUUCUUGUCCGGACCGGGGAUUACCGCAGAUCGCAGCCCAGAGUCUGCGGAGGCGCACCGUUUCAUCAACAGCAGGGACUGAAACCAGCCCAGGAGAAGGCAAGAUGGCACCGUUAUCGCACCCUGGGAAUCGAGGACCGGGAAGAACUUAUUGAUGCGAUUCCUCCCGUGAUCUCAGUGAUUGUAUCAGGCGAAAACGAGGAGGGCAAAAUACCGUCCAAAUGUAAACAAGGAGCAGCCGCACCAGCAGCACCAGCAGAAUGCCGCGGUAGUGCGGCAGGCCCUGGCCCCAUGGACAAAGAGAAACUCGUCAGUGGCAGUGGCCACGAACUCAGAAAGCCUGAGGACAGUCAGCAGCUCCUCUGGCUCUUCACUUUCACACUGGUGCAACUACAGGAGCUGAAGAACAUUUUUCAACUCGUUCCAUACCCGGACGUGUUAGAUGGAGUCUCCCUCUGUCGCCCAGGCUGGAGUGCAGUGGCGCGAUCUUGGCUCACUGCAACCUCCACCUCCCGGUUUUAUGCGAUUCUCCUGCCUCAGCCUCCCGAGUAGCUGGGACUACAGUGGCCUCAGGGAUAUGGAAUUAAGAUCCACCUGGUGUGAUGAAUAAACCCAGACUCUCAGCAACGCAGGAAAAAACAAAAACAAAAACUGGCUGGCGAUCUGGAGUAAAGGAUCCUCACAUCCAUGUGAACCAGGAAACUCUGUGCCCAAACCGACGAAAAAAAAAAACACUGGGAGAGCCGAACUAAAAGUCUUUUAGCACAGGUACCAGCCCUAGAAUUUCCAGUACACCAGCAGCAGCCUAGAAACCACAUCCUCAUCAAAAGACAGAAAGAAAAAAACUUGAGCCAGCCUGGGAAGGACCCUAUUUUAUGCUGUUAACCACUGAGACUGCCAUCCUCACAGCUGAGAAAGGAUGGACCCACCAUACUCAAGUCAAGAAAACAUCUUCCUCAUCAGAAUCAUGGGUUACUGUACUAGGAUUAAGCCUUACUAAGUUAAAGUUAAAGAAAGCUUAAUUUUCAUAUACCUUCUAUAUUGCUUCUUUUCCUUUCCUUAUUCUGUUACUAGCUCCUUUGUUAUUAAUGUAACUAAGUCUGAGUCACCUCAGACCAUUGCCUUUUAUGCUUGCUCUGUCAUACCUUGUGGAAAUGUAAAAGAUCAAUGACAGCUAGCCUUUUCACACAAUUAUUUAUGCCUCGGCCCUCUAAUUGACACAGUUACCCCUAGCACUCAUCGUUGUAAUCACCUGCAGCCAAGACGCUGAUUUUCUGCUCCUAUAGCCUGGCAACCUUGUAGUACAUGGGACUACGUCCUCUAAACUACCCAGGAGCAAAGUUGGACUUCCAUGAAAAAGGUUUGUGCAGAUCUAAAACCUCUCAUCUAUUUCACUAAAAGGACUGCCCCUUCUAACUGUCACCCUUACCAAUGUAACCCUGUCCUCUCUAUCACCACCUCCACCUUAACUAACUCUAGACCUGUCCUUAAUUGCUUUUAUGGUAUUGGAAUAGGAAUUAAAAGAAAUUAAAGAAUGUGUAAGGAGAAACUCAGUUGUAUGUAAGAAAACCCAAUUCCCCCUGAGAAAGAGAAAGAGUUGGAGUCCUUUAAAAAUUAACUGCCUGUUUUUCUGUGGCUAGUGAGCCUUAUCUCUCCUCCUUUGCCAGGCAUUGUGAAGACCCUGUUUCUCUAGCUGUGCAGCUGCAAGGUCACUAGACAGAUAAACUCAAGUUGUAAAACAUGUUUUUCCUUGAAAAGUAAGAAAUGCUGUAAUGCAUUUCUCAAUUAAUUAAAUAACUGUCUUUUGUUUCUCGCUUCUGUAAUAUGCUUCCCCCUGCACAGAUCUCCACCCACCCUACAAAAUGCUUAAAAGGUAACUUAACUCUUUGUUCUGGGCUCAGUCCUUUGGGCUGAGUACUGGGCCGGUGCACCUAAAUAAUAAAUAUCUUCCUGAACCCCA